CCAAAAUGGUUUCGUUCAAGAGCUUGCUUCUCUUGCUUCCUGCCCUCGCCUUCCCAGCCGGUUUUGCUGCACCCACACCGGAGUCCAAGGGAGAGCUCCCUGCUCACGCCGCCGAGAUUGUUGCACGCGCUCCCAACACCAUCUGGAUCUGGGCCGGACCCAACUACACCGGCCCGUCCAUGUCCCUCACUUACUACAAGGUAAACGAUUGCGGUACAAUUCCUUGGCAGACCCUCGGCUCCAUCUGGAUACCUGACAAUAUUGUCUGCACCUUUACCGUCAAGCCUGGCGACUGCUGGGACACGCAGGGCAACUUCCGCUCGCAGACCAUCUUCCCGUCCGGACUGGCCGAUAUCCGGCAGUGGUACGAGCCCAGGAAGGCCGACUUCCCGGCUUACUGGUUCAACAAUGCCCGCUCGAUCCAGUGUGGGGGUUCGAACUUUUAGCGGAGAUUGACACUCGGGAAGUCUUCAUGUAGAUGAUUCCGUUGUCUUUCGCCGUAUUGCAUGACGGGAUGCAUCAAGGUCGGUAAAGACCUCGUUAUCAAGGGGCACUUGGAGAAAGAAAACACCCAUGUUUCGAGACAGAAGUUCUGCGGCAUUGUGUCAACACUCGUCGUGAAGAUAUUACAUAUCUUUGAUCGAUGACACCUAAGUAGCAUACCUCUUGGCUAAUUCAGUGUUCUGCGUGUCUCAUUAGCUCAAUGACGAAAUUAGCGAGCCAGCUUCGGUGCUUCGCGUCGUCGAAUGGAUCGUAAUUAGGUGCGACGUUGAGCAUGUAUAUGAGUAUGCCCGGUCACUUGUCCGGUCCCGUGCGCGGGACCAGACGAGAGUAAUCCCGCUUCAGUUGGCGCAAGUUCUCACGGCCGCACGCAUCGCAGCUAGAUAUCCUUCAGCAUG